AUGGGUUGCGGAAUGAGCACAGAGGAGAAGGAGGGCAAGGCCCGGAACGAGGAGAUUGAGAACCAGCUCAAGAGGGAUAAGAUGAUGCAGCGAAACGAGAUCAAGAUGCUUCUUCUCGGUGCCGGUGAAUCCGGAAAGUCUACCAUUCUCAAGCAGAUGAAGCUCAUCCACGAGGGUGGCUACUCGCGUGAUGAGCGAGAAUCCUUCAAGGAGAUCAUCUUCAGCAACACCGUCCAGUCAAUGCGCGUUAUCCUCGAGGCCAUGGAGUCGCUCGAGCUUCCUCUCGAGGAUCAGCGCAUGGAGUACCACGUCCAGACCAUCUUCAUGCAGCCCGCUCAGAUCGAGGGCGACGUUCUCCCCCCGGAGGUUGGCAGCGCCAUCGAGGCCCUGUGGAAGGAUCGUGGUGUGCAAGAGUGCUUUAAGCGAUCGCGAGAGUAUCAGCUGAACGACUCCGCCCGAUACUACUUUGAUAACAUCGCGCGAAUUGCGGCCCCCGACUACAUGCCUAAUGAUCAGGAUGUCCUCCGGUCGCGUGUCAAGACCACUGGUAUCACCGAGACCACUUUCAUCAUCGGUGACCUCACCUACAGAAUGUUCGACGUCGGUGGUCAAAGAUCCGAGCGAAAGAAGUGGAUUCACUGCUUCGAGAACGUUACGACCAUCCUCUUCCUUGUCGCCAUCUCCGAGUACGAUCAGCUUCUGUUCGAAGAUGAGACAGUCAACCGAAUGCAGGAGGCCCUGACCCUGUUCGACUCCAUCUGCAACUCGAGGUGGUUCAUCAAGACAUCGAUUAUCCUGUUCCUCAACAAGAUCGACCGCUUCAAGGAGAAGCUGCCUGUCAGCCCCAUGAAGAACUACUUCCCCGACUACGAGGGUGGCGACGACUAUGCUGCGGCCUGCGACUACAUCCUGAACCGUUUCGUCAGCUUGAACCAGCACGAGACCAAGCAGAUCUACACUCACUUCACCUGCGCAACCGAUACCACCCAGAUCCGCUUCGUCAUGGCUGCCGUCAAUGACAUCAUCAUCCAGGAGAACCUUCGUCUCUGCGGUCUCAUCUAA